AUGUCUGCAACUUUUCUAUUUCUUCUUCCAUUUACUAUAUUCUCUAUUUUUGCAGCCGCUCAACCAGGAACUUCCAACAUUAGCUUAGGCUCUUCUCUCUAUCCCAAUAACUCACAAUGGUUAUCGAAUUCAGGCCAGUUUGCCUUCGGCUUCUACAGAGAAGGCAAUGACUUGGCCAUAGGCAUAUGGUUUGAGAAAAUCCAGCCACAAACAAUCAUAUGGACAGCAAACCGGGAUGUCAAGUUGCCAAGCUCCGAAGAUGUUAAAUUGCAUUUGAGUGGUGAAGGAAUUAGUGUCAUCUUACAAGAUAAACAAGGCUUAUCACCACUCAAUUCAAAUAUUACUGAGUCUGUUGCAUGGGCUUCCAUGCUUGAUUCUGGUAACUUUGUCCUCUACAACUCAAAUGCAAAGAUCAUUUGGCAGAGUUUUGAUGCUCCAACGGAUACCAUCUUAUCUGGUCAGCGUCUGUUGGCUGGGAGGAAUCUUGUCUCUAGCAUCUCUGCCACGAAUCACGCGACGGGAAGCUGGGGACAAUGUGUCUCUAACCUUGAUCACAAUGGACAGCUAUAUCUUCUCAAUUCCACUGGUUUCUAUAUAAAGAAUAUUACUAAUCAGACACAGCCGUCUGACAACCAUGUAUACCGUCUAACGAUUGACUCUGAUGGAAUACUUCGGUUGUAUUCCCAUAGUUUGACUCAGAAUGAUUCAUGGUCAAUUGAGUAUUCAUCAUCUUCUAAUAAGUGUGAUCCUCUGGGCCUCUGUGGCUUAAAUGCAUAUUGUGUUCCCAUAGAGGAGGAUCCCCCUUGUUUAUGUCUUCCCGGUUAUGUUUUCAUUGAUCAAGGCCAAAAGGAUUUAGGUUGCAGGAGGAACUUCAGUAUGGUUGAUUGCGCGAACAAGAAUGAAACUAGAUAUUCCAUUACUGAUCUUGAUGGCCUUGAAUGGGAAGACAACUCGUAUUCUGUUCUCACAUUGAAUGAGACUGCUUGUAAAGAGGAUUGCUUGAGAGAUUGUGACUGUGAAGGUGCAGUAUACAAGGACAAUACGUGCAGAAAACAGAGGUUUCCGCUAGGAUAUGGAAGAACUGAUGAAACUGCUUCAACCCUAGUCAAAAUUGGCAUUGAGAGUUCAGGGACAAAAACUGUGAGCAAGGGAAGAAACAAACAACUUCAAACAGACAUCAUUAUUAGCAGUGUUGCAAUGUUAACUUUUUCACUUAUUAUUCUAGCAAUUACUGGUGUUGUUAUUUAUAGAUAUCGUGUUUUGGGGUACAAAAAGAUUCAUUCAGCAAAUGGCUGGUUCUUUGAAGAUGUCACUCUUCGAUCGUAUACAUAUGUUGAGCUUGAAAAAGCAACCAAAGGUUUCACUGAUGAAGUGGGCAAAGGAGCUUUUGGGACAGUUUAUAAAGGGAUAUCAAAUGGCAGGAGAGUAGUGGCGAUCAAGAAACUAGAGAAAGUGGUGGGUGAAGGAGAGCGAGAAUUUCAAAAUGAGGUGAAUGCAAUUGGGAGGACCCAUCACAAAAACCUGGUUAAAUUGCUUGGCUACUGUCAUGAUGGAUCAAACAGGCUUUUAGUUUAUGAGUACAUGACCAAUGGCUCACUUGCAGAUUUCCUUUUCAGAUCUGAUGGAAGGCCAGCUUGGGAGGAAAGAAUUGGUAUAGUUCUCAAUGUAGCUCAAGGCAUACUUUAUCUACAUGAAGAGUGUGUGACUCAGAUCAUCCACUGUGACAUCAAAUCUGAAAAUAUACUAUUGAGUGAGCAAAAAUGCGCAAAGCUUGCGGAUUUUGGAUUGGCGAAGCUGCUCAAAUCUGAGCAUACCAGGACACAUACUGGGUUUAGAGGAACCAGGGGGUAUAUUGCACCGGAGUGGCUAAGAAACAUGCCGAUAACAGUGAAAGCAGAUGUAUAUAGCUUUGGGGUUGUGUUGUUGGAGAUCAUAUGUUGUAGAAGAAGUGUGAAUAUGGACAUUCCUGAGGAUGAAGUUGUUCUUGAGAACUGGGUGUACCAUUGUUUGGAGGCCGACGAAUUGCAUAAGCUAGUGCAGGAUGAAGAAGUGGACAAGACUAAACUUGGGAGGAUGAUCAAGAUAGUACUUUGGUGCAUCCAAUAUGAGCCAUCAUUGUGCCCGUCGAUGAAGAAGGUGGUACUGAUGCUGGAAGGGACAGUAGAAAUACCAGCCCCUCCAAAUCCUGACUCGCAGUCACAGCACCUAGAGUUUUUGACGCCAACUGAGUGGUUAACUGAUUAGUAAACUGGCUUUGAGUAGCACUUUGU